AUGCAGAAUACACUGAACUCUCUGAAACUCACAGUUGAAUCUGAUGAUUCUCUGACAUCUACAAGAGAUAUCACUGCAGUGAGAAAAUUUUCAGUGAGACACAGUCUUGAAGAUCUAUCUACUGAUUCUGAGAUUACUGCACUUUCAAUUCUGAAGAAUCUCAUGCAUGUUAAAGCUUUCAUGAAAUGA